GUUUACUGUAGACUCCAACUGCUAGAUUGUGUUCACUACCAAACACAAACAUAUAUCCAGUCAGGCAGUCGAUGGCAGAUUCUACCGGAAGCAACCAGGGUAACGAGAUAGAUGAAAACGGAGCAGUUGGUGGUGAAGAUACUGUUGAUGAUGUAAUCAUUGAACAAGGAGCUGUUGUUUUUCGAGGAUAUGUUGUAGAGGCAGCUCGUGUGGAUAACCAAGAAUUUGUCAUUGCUCCGGAGGAUUUAGGAGGGAGACCAAAUGAAGGACAGGACAGUCAAGUGAAAGACAUUGUAAGAAAUUUAAUUGAAAUAGCUGAUGAGCUGAAUAGAAAUGCUGAACUGGAAAGUCUUCUCAGCAGGGUUGAGUUUGACUCGGCAGAGAGUUUGUUUUUCACUGUGGCAAGGAAGAUUUUUGAAGACGGUAUUAACUGGGGACGAGUGGUGGCUCUUUUUCACUUGGCUUACAAACUUAUAAUCAAGGCAAUCACAAGAGACCGCAAUGAGAUUAUUCAAACGAUCAUUGGCUGGGUAUUAAAUUUCAUUGGAGAACACGUUUCACGCUGGAUCAGAGAGCAUGGAGGAUGGGAGGGUGUCCGGAAUUAUUCCCAGAAUCUGAGGUGGCAGAAUGUGGCUAUAUUUGCUGCUGCAGUUCUCACAGGUGUCUUGGCAUACUGGAAGAUGUCCAGCUGAUUUUUAGAAAAGAGACCUGAGUGGAAAAAGGUUAUAUUUCAUGUAAUUAAAGAACCAUGAAUACUGACAGCUAGGAGAGAACAGAGACAAAUAUGAUCAAAGGAACUAUUUAGGAAUUUGUUGUCAUAUUGUGAAAUGGUAACUCUCAGGAAUUAACAACCUGUGGAAUGUUUUUUUUUUAAUAACAUACACUGGACUAUCUUCAUAGAAGCUGGAACUGGCAGACAGUUUGAAUUUUUUGGUUAAUCUGAAGUUUUGAUCUUGUUGUCUAUUAUGAUGGGACACCUUACUAAGCUCAUUUGUAUAGCUUUAUAUAUAAUCUUCAACCUCUACAGUGUAGGAAAUAUAUUGUGGUCAUAUAUAAGGCUUCUGUAUUAAUAGAGAAGUGGAAUGUGUGUAUUUUGAGGUGUUUACAGUUUGGUCCUUUAUAUUACUUAUUUUAUUGUAAAGUUAACAGUUUGACUAAUGGAAUCAAAUGUAUUUUUACAGCUUUUACAAUUUUUUAUUUAGUCGUUUGUCUUAUUGCCUUAGCAAGGUUGGUUUCGGUUAAAUUACUACAGUAACUAUGCUUAUAAUGUUUAAUGAAAACUAGAACACAUUCUGAGCCUGAUGAAAAUAGGCAUUUUUCAAUUUUUCCUUCUUUACUGGAAUUAAGGUCAGCCUCAGGAGUACAAAAUGCAUAUUGUAUUCAAUAAUGUUAAAUAGAAUCUGAUGCUGCUCUCUAAGUAGAAACACUUUUAUGCUGCAUUAUAUAAUAUGUAAGUAUUUAUCUCCUAGGGUCUGGAACUGGAUUUUUAGUAAUAAAUAAUGAAAAGCUCUGUGA